GCUGAAUUUAUUCUCUUGGGACUCAUGCAGAAUCCACACUUGCAGAAAAUGCUCUAUGUGGGUUUUUUUUUGUUCAUUUUUCUAUUUACUGUGCUGGCCAAUCUGCUCAUUGUCAUUACCAUCUCCCUCAGCCCCACACUUUCGGCUCCCAUGUAUUUCUUUCUCACUUACUUGUCCUUUAUAGAUGCUUCCUAUGCCUCUAUGACCACCCCCAAAAUGAUCAUCGACCUGCUGUACCAGAGGAGAACCAUCUCCUUGGGUGGCUGUCUGACUCAGCUCUUCAUCGAGCACUUCCUGGGAGGAUCAGAGAUCAUCCUCCUCAUUGUGAUGGCCUAUGACCACUACCUGGUCAUCUGUAAGCCCCUGCACUACAUGACCGUCAUGAGCUCUCGGGUAUACUCUCUGUUGCUGGGAGCAGCCUGGGUGUGUGUGGGAGUUAUCAUCUUAAUACAGCUGAUAAUACAGCUUCUCUUCAUGUAUCAAAUACCCUUCUGUGGCCCCAAUGUCAUUGAUCACUUUAUGUGUGAUUUGUUUCCCUUGUUGAAACUGGCCUGCGUGGACACCCACACCCUGGGUCUCUUAGUCAUCCUCAACAGUGGGGUGAUGUGUGUGACCAUCUUCCUUAUCCUCAUUGCCUCCUACGUGGUCAUUCUCUGCUCCCUGAGGUCUUGCAGCUCUGAAGGGCAGUGCAAAGCCCUCUCUACCUGUGGCUCCCACCUCACCGUGGUCAUCUUGUUCUUUGUGCCAUGCAUUUUCCUGUAUUUGUGGCCUGUGGCCACUUACCCCAUAGACAAGGCAAUGGUUGUGUCUUUUAUCAUUGUUGCACCUAUGUUAAAUCCCUUGAUCUACACCUUGAGAAAUGCUGAGGUGAAAAAUGCCAUGAGGAAACUGGUACAAAAGCUGCAUCUUUGA